AAGAAGACGAAGAAGAAGGCCGUGACGUCACCGGUUGUCUAACAGCCAAGAUGGCGGCGACAAUGCUGAGGUCGGUCUGCAGCCUCGGACGUCCUUCAGCGAGAUUCAUCCUACACAAAAACCUGCUCGCUCCUGGCUGCACGGUUCUGCAAAACAGGCAGAAACAAUGGCAGCCCGAUGUGGAGUGGAUGGAGCACUACAGCGGGGCUGUGAUGUAUCCCACUGCCGAAAAUGGGAAAUGGACUCCACCACCAUGGAACGACAAAGAUCCUCCUGCGGAGAAGGAAGUGUCCAACUUGACAAUCAACUUCGGCCCCCAGCACCCCGCUGCUCACGGAGUGCUGCGCCUGGUGUUGGAGCUCAGCGGAGAGUCCGUUAAGAAAUGUGACCCACACAUCGGUCUGCUUCAUCGCGGCACUGAAAAGCUGAUCGAGUACAAGACGUACCUGCAGGCCCUGCCCUACUUUGAUCGUCUGGACUAUGUUUCCAUGAUGUGUAACGAGGAGGCUUACUCUUUGGCUGUGGAAAAGCUGCUCAACAUCCAAGCUCCUCCCCGCGCUCAGUGGAUCAGAGUGCUGUUCGGAGAGCUGACCCGAAUCCUGAACCACAUUAUGGCCGUGACGACGCAUGCUCUCGACAUCGGCGCCAUGACGCCCUUCUUCUGGAUGUUUGAGGAGAGAGAGAAGAUGUUUGAGUUUUACGAGCGAGUGUCCGGAGCCCGAAUGCACGCGGCGUACGUCAGGCCUGGCGGCGUCCACCAGGAUAUGCCUCUCGGCCUAAUGGACGACAUCUAUGUGUGGUGCCAGAAUUUCUCACUGAGGAUUGACGAGGUCGAGGAGAUGUUGACCAACAACCGUAUCUGGAAGAACCGUACCGUGGACAUUGGUAUCGUUACUGCUGAGGAUGCUCUCAACUGUGGCUUCAGCGGAGUCAUGCUGCGGGGGUCGGGCAUCAAGUGGGACCUCAGGAAGUCCCAGCCGUAUGACAAGUACGACGAAGUGGAGUUUGAUGUCCCAAUCGGAACAAAUGGAGACUGCUACGACAGGUACCUGUGCAGAGUGGAGGAGAUGAGGCAGUCCCUGAGAAUCAUGCUUCAGGCUCUCAACAAAAUGCCAGAGGGAGAGAUAAAGGUGGACGACGCCAAAGUGGCCCCCCCCAAGAGGUCUGAGAUGAAGAUGUCGAUGGAGUCUCUGAUCCACCACUUUAAGCUGUACACAGAGGGCUACCAGGUCCCCCCAGGGGCCACCUACACGGCCGUGGAGGCUCCCAAGGGGGAGUUUGGAGUCUACCUCGUGUCAGACGGUUCCAGCAGACCCUAUCGCUGCAAGAUCAAAGCUCCUGGAUUCGCACACUUGGCCGGGCUGGAUAAAAUGUCCCAAGGACACAUGCUGGCUGACGUGGUGGCCAUCAUUGGCACGCAGGACAUCGUGUUCGGCGAGGUCGACCGUUAAUAAAGAAGCAGAAUCAUCGCGCGUCACAGACGUUAGAGCUGCUCUCUUCCUGCUCUCUUCAUGACUCCGCUCAUAGUCGCCCAUGUACAAAUCCAAAUUCAGCUAAUAAAUAUUUUAUCUCUGAAAAAGUCAAGAA